AUGACUGGUGCAGUGAAAAGAGAAGCUAAGCAAGAAGAAGAUGGAGCAGUUGCAGAAACUGAAGCUGAUAUGAAAGGGAAGAAAUUAUCGUGGGUUGGAUGGACAAGCACACUUAAGUUGGCAUUCCAGAGCAUAGGGGUGGUGUAUGGAGAGAUAGGGACUUCACCUCUCCAUGUAUAUUCAAGCACCUUUACUGAUGGAAUUAAGGAAAAAGAUGACAUAUUGGGGGUCCUAUCCCUCAUUCUUUAUACCUUAAUAAUCAUACCCUUGAUCAAAUAUGUUUUCAUUGUGCUGUGGGCAAAUGAUGAUGGUGCUGAAAAACUUAGGGUUUUAGAGUUGUUGUUGGAAACCGAAGAGAGCACAAUGAGAAUAGAGAUGGAAGAGCCCUUUAGAAUAGAAGCCGAAGAGGAAUCGACAAUGGAGGCCGAGAAACGCAAGAAAAAGGAAGCGAAAGAGCGAAAGAAGAAGAAAGUCCAAGAGGGUUCAUCCAGGUUUGUGAACCCAAGGUCCAUGAGUUGUAUGUGCCGACCAUUUGUAGUUAGAGAUGAGCUUGAUAAGGUGAGGCCUGCUGUAUUUGACGAGAUGAGGAAUGAGCUCAAAAUGUUGAAUGUUGAUCAGUUUUUUGCACUUCCAUCUUAUCCCUAA